GUUACGUAACGUUUUGUACGUUAGCUCAAACAGUAUUCACGGAAGUUACGUAACGUUUUGUACGUUAGCUCACAGCUUAGCUCAGCACCUACACCAUCAUCAUCUUCUUCAUUUUCUGGACCAAAUAUGCCGAGUGGCAAAAACUUCAGGAGGAGGAAGGACUCCUCAGAUGUGGAGGAGGAUGAGACAACCGAAGAAGUCAGAUCAAAACUAGAAGAGGCUAAAGAGCUUCAGAGUUUGCGGAAACGACAGACCGGAGUCAGUGUGACCGCCCUGCUGGUGGGAGAGAAGCUGCCACCAGAGGCUGAAAUUGAUAAUGACCCUUUUAAACUGAAGACUGGAGGUGUUGUAGACAUGAAGAAAGUCAAAGACAGGAACAGGGACAUGACAGAAGACGAGACGGACCUCAACCUGGGCACGUCCUUUUCUGCUGAAACCAACAGAAGAGACGAAGAUGCAGACAUGAUGAAAUAUAUCGAGACAGAGCUGAAAAAGAAGAAGGGUUUGGUGGAAGCCGAGGAACAGAAAGUUAAGGUGAAGAACGCAGAGGACCACCUGUACGAGCUGCCCGAGAGCAUCCGAGUCAACUCUGCCAAGAAGACGGAGGAGAUGUUGUCCAAUCAGAUGCUGAGCGGGAUUCCUGAAGUUGAUCUCGGCAUUGAUGCAAAGAUCAAGAACAUUAUCUUCACAGAGGAGGCAAAGGCCAAACUUCUGGCAGAGCAAAGGAACAAGAAAAAAGACCACGGCACAUCGUUCGUACCCACAAACAUCGCUGUCAACUACGUCCAACACAACCGCUUCUAUCAUGAGGACGUGAACGCACCACAGAGGCACCACAGACACCGAGAAGAGCCCAAAGCGAGACCGCUGCGUGUGGGAGACACAGAGAAACCAGGUCCAGAAGCGUCGUCUCCGCCAAACUACCGCAAACGCCCAAACAACGAAAAGGCCACAGAUGACUACCAUUACGAGAAGUUCAAGAAGAUGAAUCGACGAUAUUGAGGAGCUGGAUUCUUUGUUUUUAAGGAUGAAUUCCUCAUGACAGUGUUUUCUAAAGAUUGUAAAUAAGUCCAUGUGGUCGUCUGUACACAGUAGAUUUACUUUGUCAUGCGUUUGUCUGACCAGAAUCUGUGGAGGAAUAAUGUAAGAAAUGUCAAGUGCUGUUCCUGAACUGAUUUUUGCUUUUUAAGUUCAGUUAAGUUUUGACUUUUUGAGUUGUGCAACUUUUGUUUUUAGGGAACAGAUUUGAUUAAAAACAUGAAACCACAAGA